GGAAUAGCGGACGUCGGUUUUUCGUCUGCAUCGUCGUCGUGUGCUAACACACAGAGAGAAAAGAGCAAGUGCGAACGAGUGAAUUAUCGACGGGUGAGCUUCAUUUGUUCCGUGUCUUCGUCUUCAACGCCUUCAUCACCAUCCAGACACCGCAGAACAAAUAGCGCUAGAAAAAUGAGUGACCGCAAGGCCGUGAUUAAGAAUGCUGACAUGGGCGAGGAGAUGCAGCAGGACGCAGUCGACUGUGCAACGCAGGCACUGGAAAAGUAUAAUAUAGAGAAGGAUAUCGCCGCCUACAUAAAGAAAGAAUUCGACAAAAAAUACAACCCCACCUGGCACUGCAUCGUGGGCCGAAACUUUGGAUCGUACGUGACGCACGAAACACGCCACUUCAUAUACUUCUAUCUCGGUCAGGUUGCCAUCCUAUUAUUUAAGAGCGGUUAAACCACAAAAUUAGCUUAA